CCGUCCGACCGGGAAGUGAAGUAAAAACAAAUCAAAUCAAUAUUAAAUGUGUAUGGAUAUACACCAAAGAUAUGAAUUAUUCAACUGCCUCUAAUGUUAUAGGCCUUAUUCUUUUGUUGUCAAAAGGUUCUAAACCUGUUGCUAAGGGGAAAGAUUGGAAGACAGCAAAUGAAUAUUGCAGAUCACAAAACGACUCCCUUCCUGAUAUACGAGAUGUACAGAAUAACUUAUCAUAUAUCAAAGAACAAGGAACAACGAUCUGGUCCUCAGUAAAAGGACAAUUUACUCCUUGGAUUGCAUAUAGAGGAUGUUUUUAUGAAAAUCUACAUUCAGUCUGUUCAUUAACGGGAACAAACUUUACUAAUUCAACAUGUCAUCAUCUUGAAAACAAUUCAGCUGGAAAUUGUUAUUUCGAAUGUAAAUCUAAUAUUUACACAAAUGGUGGUUGUGCAAAUACAGCAAAUUUUUUCUUUGGUCUUCAAAAAUUGUUUUGUUUAUGUUUGUGUGAUGACACCAUCAUACAAAAUAUUUCGGAAAGUAGUAAAUGCAACUUAUCAUGCGGAACAUCUAUUAAUGAUGGUGAAUGUGGCGGAAUCGGCUAUAUCAGUAUGUACGAAACCAUAAAUAUUACCAUACCGGAAACCCAUUUUGGAGGAUUCUGUCUGACUUGUCGCCAAAAAAGUGAUCCUAGUGAUACACAGUUGUACAGCAGGGAUUGCAAUGAAAAUAUAGCCGGGUAUUGCGUUAAACAAAACGGUAGAAUUUCAUUACCACUAAUGUUGUCUACAUUCGCUUCUUACUGGAAUCAUUGUAAAGAACAGAGAAUGUACAUUGUCGGGGACACCAGUCAUACAUUUUGUCAAAAAGACAACAAUGUUUGGACUGGAUUAAGGAAAUACAAAAUAAGCAAUAAUAAUAUUGAUAAAGACAGCUGCUAUAUCAUUGAAAUACACCAAGAGACUGUCAAUUACAAAAAAAGAAAUUGUACAGAAAAUAUUUUCUUUCUUUGCAAAAAAGAUAUUGAUAAUUAUUUCGUUACAAGUAUAGAAAACGCCAAGAGCACAAAAAACACAAAAACGCCGCCAUUUACUCGUGAAAUAUCAAGAACAACAGCAACUAUUUCACCUACAUCUAUGACAACGUCUAUCAGUGGUGCCCUGAACCCUACAAUUGCCACUUCUAUUUCACCAUCUCCUGAAUCAGAAAAAAAUACGGCAGCAGUAGUCGGUGCUAGUAUUGCAGGAGUAGUUUCUUUGAUAUUUGUUGCUUUUCUUGUAUUAUGUUUGUUGAAAAGACGUCAUACUCAAUGUAAGCAGUCAAGCCAACAAGUAAAAAGUGCGAAAGUGUUUCACAACACCACGUACGACGACCUUGUUGUAACAAAUCAAAAGCAAGAUGUCAACUAUGCGAAUGUUAAUCUGGAAAAUGAUAACCAAUUUGAAAGAACUGUUUGUAAUAUAGACGACGUUUAUGUUGAAAAAGAGGAAGAAUAUGAUCAUCUUCACACAAGUCGACAAAAGAUUGAGGCGACAAUGCCGGCAGAUGACGAAAGGUAUGGAACUGCUUCUUAUUUUGAAGACAACUCUUACUCCACACUUGGACAAGACAAGAAUGUCAAUCAUGAUCUCGAUAACGAAUACAGUGUAAAUAGUAUAACUUAUUCAGAAAACCAAUCAAGUUCAGUGAAUAGUGCAGAGUAUGAUUACUGCUAUCAAGCAAAUCAAAGAAAAGAUUGGUAACUGAUCACAUUAUGAUAAUUGUGUAGUGAUGCAUUUUGCUUACUUGUUUGCAAAAUAAAUAGCUGUUUGCUUUGAACGCAAAACUACGUAGCAAAAGCAAAAACUGUUCAAACUCUUUACUUGAAGCGUUUUACACUAAAUAUGAUUUUGUGCAUUUGUUUAACUUUUACCUUCGUUUGAUUGAUCUGCACCCUUUUUGUAAUUGCUUGAAUGUCUAUAUGACCUAUUUCUUUCUUAACCCCUCCAGCAAAACAAACACAAGAUGUACAAAAAAUAAGUCAACGUUAGGCAAGAGGUCUUUCCCUUCUUUUUCAUUGUUAUUUACAUCAAUGACGGAUCUUCUUUGUCAUUUCGAUCUUGUUUCUCAUAAUUUCAAGUCUCCCAUCCUCAAUGUAUAUGCAAUCAUAAUACAGGACACGGAAUAAGUGCACUAGACCAGGCUGACAGGCAAUAUUUUCUUAAGAAAAACACAAAAAAAAACUUUGAUAAAUCUUCAGUGCGUAUUUUUAUAGAUGUUAGCAAUGGUAAGGACCUCAAUUCAAAAAAAUUCAUUAGACCCUCAUAUACGUAAAACUAACUGAUAAUGAACGCUUGAAAAUUCUUUAGAGGUCUUCUAAAUAGGUCUAAACCUUUUUUUAAUUUACUUUGAUAUUAUGUAAAAUGUACAGAAUAUUUUUGCUCUAAUUUUGAAUUUUUUACUUUUGCCAGCGUUAAAAAAUGAAUGUUCUAUUUAUGUAAUUAAAAACAUUAUACAGUUGUAUCAAAUAUUCUCAUUUCAGAAUGAUCAUCAUUAUAUUUUCAAAAAUCGUUCUCGAAUAAUUUUAGGUAUCGUUAUGAAAAAUCUAUACUAUGUAGGUCCCUUAGAAAGAUUAAUAAUGGAGCUGAACAAUGCUUAUUAGCCCCUUAGCCCAAUUCUAGUGACGUUGGUUGGUAAACAGAUAUUACAAAUUGGUACAGAGACUCUUGAGCACUAAUAUGAUGCCAAGUGCUCGUAUAAUUUUCCAGUUCACUAUCUAAGUAUCGAUAUCUAAUUCGUUAAAAAGCAAUUAAAAAGAAUAUUGAUGAACGUAAAGCCUUUUAUUUACUAACGCCUCGUCUAACUAACAAUUACAUGUAUUUUUAAAAAAUACGAUUUACUAAAUAGUCAAUAAACAACUUAAGAAUAGUCUUGGUACUUAUACGUGUAACAACUGUGAAUAGAGGGUAAAAGAAAAGGGCGUGUGAUAAUUACAAAUUCCAAAACCAUUGCAUCGUUUGAAGUACACACUAAAUGUUAAGAGUAUCGUAAUCAGCAUCUUUCAUGAAGUCCAUCCAUUGUCCAUUGAUUUUUUUCCCUAGAGCAGUGUUAACAUUGUUGUUGCGUCCCCAGUUGUUAAUGCAUUGAUGUUUAUGCAUCAAACAUAUGUAUUGUUUGUUAAAAGAUUUUAUUGUCACAUUUUUUGAAAUAUGUAUUUAUGUAGCUCUUUUUCGCAUGUUACAUAUUAUAUUAAGCUUCUUUUUUUGUACAUGUACUUUUGUUACCUUUUACAUGUUAAUUAUAUAAUUAUAAUUAUUUACAGUGAUCGAAGAUAAAAACAAUUUAGAGAAUCAAGUGUUCUAUGUUUAUAAAUUUUAGUUUCAAAAGAUACGAAUAGUAUUUUGUUUUGUUUCUUUUUAAACAUUGAUUACUGGAGUAUAAGUACACUAACAAUACAGGGAAAGUGUAAUAGUGUACUGUAUUAAUAUUGUAAUAGUGGUGUCAACUUUUAAUUACUAUUAGUCAUGCCCCUCUAGUAAGGUAAUUAGCUUACUAAUGAACUGAGGUUUGUUGUUUUUUUUUAAAAUGAGCGUUUUGUGCAUUUCUUUUUUAGUUAAUAAUGCAAUGUCCUCAACUUACAUUUUUCAUGAGUGCCUUAAAAAUUCUAGGGCUUCUUUUUUCAAAGACAAGAUUGAAUAGUCCUGUUCAAUUCUAUGCUUCUUAAGGAAGGAGUCUUCUCGUUAUCAGACAUAUUUCUCAUAAUAAGAAAUUCAUGAAAUUUUGACACAGUCAAACGGAUCAUAUUACCAAAUGAAUCUAUCAGUUUUAUCAAAUUUGACCUUUUCGUUUUUGCAUAAAGGUCAGGUCAAGGUCACUACCUUUUUCCUCAACUUAAAGGAUGAUAAAAAUAAGUGUGGAUCUUUGUAGUUCUGUAGACAUUUGUUUAAGAUUUGAAUAUUCUAUUCUUCAAUGAAAUGAUAGAAUAUCAGAAUGUCUAUUAGCUUAUACUACUAAAUCAGAACAAAUAUUUAUACUAAAAUUGAUAUUGCUUAGCCCGCAUUUCUUCUAAUUUUCUAAAAUUUUGAAGAACUUUUUAUUAUUUUUUUAUGCUUCAGAUAAUAAAAUAUUUAUGAUUUUUAUGUAAAAUGAAGACUUUAUAAAAAGAUAUAAAUUGACAGAAAAGCUAAUAUAUUGACCGUUUUAUAAGAGAGAAAAACUGAUUUUAGUGAUUUUUUCACAAACAUCAGUGUAUAGAAUGGGCGCUUUAAAAAGCCUAUAAAAAUGUAGUUUGAUAGGCAAAUCAUAUUUUAAAAACAUAUUCUGAAACCCAAGUAUCAUAUCAUUAGUUUACAUUAGUGAAAAAAAAUCCAACAUUAAUGUUAUUGUUUUUAAAAUGCUAAAUCAGACUCAUUAAUCUGCAGCAAUUCUGAAUUGCGCAACAUGUGAUAUUUUCCUACGCCAAUAUUACGCCAAAAAUAUAGUCCCUGUUAGAUUGUAAAAUUUGAUUACUUUUUCUAUGCCAAGUUGUAUGAUGAUAAAAAAGAAAGAAAAUUAUUCUAUUUUAAUUUCCUUUCAUCUUGAUUUAAUGAACAAUUAAUCAAUUUUACGUUUGACAAGUCGAAAACCAGAAAAGACUCCUUCCUUAAUUAUCCACACUUUGAUCAUCAAAAUAGCAUCGUCCUAAUUAAAAUACAAAUGAAUAUAAAAAUAAUCGAAAUAUUGACAUGGAACACCAGACAUGGACCAUAGCCUUAUUCUUCAAGAGGUUCGUGAUAAACUGAUGAAUAUAUACACUGGAUGGUUUAAUUGCAACAGCUUCUUAGAUUCGAAAACACGUUCUCCGGAGGACUCGUGGCAAUACAAAGUAUAAACUUCUGCCACUCAGAAAGCUGAAUGUUCAGUGAAAGUUGUUGAAAUUUGACUGAAUAGUACAUGUUCAGUUAAACCAUUGUUACAACCACUAAAUGAAACGGGUCACUUUCGGAAUACAUAAUAAAUGAGAAUGGCAGUAGCUGGCACUGAAUUUUGUGGUCCCAGAAAAAUUAAUUACAUGUAUCCUCGGAGGCCAACGAGUGUUUAUCCUAAGAAUGUAGCCUCAUUUGGAGCUUAUAUAUAGUUAAAAUUGUUACACUAAAUUGAUAAUGACAUACUUAUAUAGGACUUAUUUUUUUCUUCGUACGACUAAAUAUCGUCGGACUAAAUAUCGGCAGAUGUAUAUACGUAUACGCGAGGAAAACAAAAGGAAUUCGUAAGGACCGUAACGAGUUUUAGGGCCCCGGACAAUAAAUAAUCAUACAUGUACAUGUAGCAACGGUUAAAUAUGUGAU